AUCAGUGGUGUGGGAGGACGCCAGCAAGGACGGGGACAGGUGCAAUCAAACAGAGACACGAAGGCACUCAACGACAUUGCAUUUGACAUGGACGCAUCAGCCUGACCAGCUCCAGCCCCGUUCUCCAACAGGUCCACCGCAGCCGCUAACAUGUCGACGGUAGAAGGAGCCGGCCAGGAUGAGGAAGGGGAGUACGGAAGGGCGGCAAAGCGGCUGAAAACGGAGGAGAGGGAGGAGGGGGAAGAUGAGCUGGAGGAGGGGGAGGAUUCGGACUCCGGCUCGCUGCCUGGUAACGCAGAUUCAGUGGUGGAAACCCGGGCCCGGUGGAACUGCAUCGAAUACGGGGCAGGACGGAGGAAUAAUAGCGAGGACUCGCAUCGUAUAUCUCCCAGUCCUGUGGUCCAUGUCAGGGGUCUCUGCGAGGCUGUUGUGGAAGCAGAUCUGAUAGAUGCCCUUGAGAAGUUUGGAGCCAUAUGUUAUGUGAUGAUGAUGCCAUUCAAGCGUCAGGCCCUGGUGGAGUUCUCUGCAGUGGAGAGUGCCGAUCGCUGUGUGUCGUGUGGAGCCAAGGAGCCUGUAUACAUCGCAGGCCAACAAGCUUACUUCAAUUACUCCACAUCCAAGAGAAUCACCAGGCCGACCAAUGCUGACAAUCCCAACAGUGGCAACAAGGUCCUCCUGCUGUCCAUACAGAAUCCCCUCUACCCCAUAACCACGGAUGUUCUGUACACUGUGUGUAAUCCCAUUGGCAGUGUGCUGAGGAUCGUUAUCUUUAAACGGAAUGGAAUCCAGGCCAUGGUGGAGUUUGAGUCAGUUCAGUGUGCUCAGAAGGCCAAAGCUGCACUGAACGGAGCUGACAUCUACGCUGGUUGCUGUACACUCAAGAUUGAAUACGCAAGGCCAACGCGUCUGAAUGUGAUUAAGAACGACAACGAGAGCUGGGACUACACUAAACCGUAUUUGGUCAGACGAGAGCGUGGAAAGGGCAGACAGAGGCAAGCAAUUUUAGGAGAACACCCAUCAUCCUACAGUGAGAAUGGCUAUGGUCCACCCUGCCCCCUGCUACCUCUGCCUGGUAACAGCAGGUAUAAGCUCACAGUGGAUGUUCCAGACAUGGUGUCCUACCCUCUGCCCCAAUCAUCUUCCUCAUACUCUGGCCACGCCCCUAGCUCUGUUGCCAUGGUGAGCGGCCUCCAUCCAUCCAAAAUGAACUGCACCCGCAUCUUCAACCUCUUCUGCCUUUAUGGCAACAUUGAGAAGGUGAAGUUUAUGAAGAGUGUUCCUGGUACAGCAUUGGUUGAGAUGGGAGAUGAGUAUGCUGUUGACAGAGCCAUCACACACCUCAACAGUAUCAAGGUUUUUGGCAAGAGACUCAACGUCUGUGUGUCUAAGCAGCAUGCAGUGAUCCCCAGUCAGGUCUUUGAGUUAGAGGAUGGCAGCAGCAGUUAUAAGGACUUUGCCAUGACCAGGAACAAUCGCUUCAGCAGCGCUGGACAGGCCUCCAAAAACAUCAUCCAGCCUCCAUCUGCUGUCCUGCACUAUUACAACGUGCCUCCAUGCAUAUCACAGGACCAUUUACUGAGGCUGUGUACGGAGCAUGAUGUGCCUGUCUUUGUCAAAUUCAAGAUGUUUGAUGCCAAACCCUCCUCCAAGACCAUCUCUGGCUUGUUGGAAUUUGAAAAUAAGACAGAUGCUGUGGAGGUUCUUACUGUUCUCAACCAUUACCAGAUCAGGAUACCCAAUGGGUCCAACCCAUACACACUGAAACUGUGUUUCUCCACCUCGUCACAUCUAUAAAAAGCUGCAGAGCACCAGAAGAGUUUGCUGAGAGUUGAUGUCUGACCUCUGACGUGGGGGAGGGACCAUGGGACAGACACAUAGAAGAGUGGAUGAGAGAUAAUGAGUGAUAAUAUUCACGAAAGAAGAGAAUGAGAGAGAGAUGGAGACCAAGAUGAUGAAGUGAAGACACUCACCAUCUCUAUUGUAUCAUCUCACCAUCCAGCCAUAACUUUAAAGCUGACAGACUAUCGACUGUCUGUAAUAUUCUAAUAAUGUCUUCAUAUUGUCUCGUGGGACGUCUGGAGGAAACUGAUCAUGUUUUAGUCCCAGAAGUCUUCACUGCAUGGUAAAAGUGUCUUGAAGUGUGGACCUAGACAAACAGAGGCUGUCUCUAAGGAAUCUAUACAUCGUUGGUCACACAUAAGGAUCUAAAAUCAGAAUCAGUGCUCAUGGCAGAUGGUGACUAAAGCUUAUUUUAAUGUUUAAAACUGAACAAAACAGUGUAUUGCCUUGAAUUGUCAUUGAGUAUAUGUAGUGAAUAUGAAUAUAAUUUUAACACAAGUUCUCAUAUAAGGUUCAUUAGAUGUCGCUUCACUGUUUAGUUCAGUCACUUUAGAGUUAGAUAUCUGGCCAGUUGUUGAGUUUGCUGUAAAUGUUCGUGGUCCUCAGAGGAAGUGACCCUCUUACAUGGCUUUUCCCAUACCACCAGCAUAAGGUCAGUCAGCAGUAUGUUGUGUGACAAGGUAUAUGGGAAAUUAAAGGCAUUCAAUUUCAAAUUAAUAUCAAUGUUUUCCAGAUGGUUGUUUUGAAAAGGCUUCUUCAACUUUUCCUCCAUCACAAACCUCAGAGCACAACACUGAGCAAUUCAUUGAGCCCAUUUUGGCCUCAUGCAAGAAUAUUUCCCCCAGAAUUGGACAUUAAGAACAAAAAAAAGAAGAACUUAACAAGUCCAUGUAUUGAAGUCCUGUCCAGUUAACAGCAUAACAACACUCAGGACCUGCAGUGCUGUUGAUGCUGUGUCACCUGUGAGUUGCACUGAAAUAAAGAAAACAUGUUCCAACAUGAAAACGGCUUAAAAAGGCUUCACUAUGGUAAACAAAUAGAAAAAGUUUAUAUCACUGAUAUAGAUGAACCAAUAUGUGGCAUAAAAGGUGAUGUUACACUGGCAUGUUUUUGCUUGUGCUGGAUCAGUAGACCUAUGUUAAUUGCAAUAUUGUACAAUACGCAGCAAGCCAAAAUAAUUUCACAUCUCUGGCCACAAACUGUGUCAAGGCACAUCAAUCAACUGUGCACUCUAUCAAGGUUGUUAUAUGAGCACUCCUGGCUAGUAUUCAGGUUGACAAGAGGUAUCAUGAACAAGGAGGUUUUAGCAUUACCUUUAUCACCUGGAGAAAAUAGUGAACUUUAGUUAAAUUAUCUUAAAAUAUCUUCAUGGCGUCAAGUAACAAAUGACAAGUCACUUAAACAAGCCAUCUCUAAGCAUGCCUUGCACAAGACGCUUCCCAGCUGCUCCAAUUGCACAUUUUGCAGCACAAAGGAGUUGUGUGCUCCCCUGGCCAUUGCGCAACAGCAUUUAUCAGGAACAUUAAUAAAUUAUGAAAUAUUAUAUUUCAAAUUGCAAAAUUAAAGAGAAUAAAAAGAAUAACACAAAUUUGAUGUGUGAUUUGUACAUUUAAAUGUGAAUUAUCAUGUCACUCCUUCAUAUCUGCAAAAUAUGGGAAAAUUGGUGAAUGCUGCAAGUCCUCGUAAAUCACUAAGUACUACCUAAGAACAAGAAGUCCAUAUGAGCAGUUCUUGCAUGAGGCCCAUUGAUUCUGCUCAGACAUCCACCUCUUUGCAUUUUGGAUAAUCCAUUAUUUUUACAUUAGUGUCACCCAAAAUAUGAACAUUAAUUUAAGAUACCAGAUGAUCCAUUAGUUUCCUAAUCAGUCAUGUUUACAAAGAGAUGAACCCUUUGGAAUUUAAUACUUAUUUUCUCUAGUACCACUUCCAUGACAAAUCCUAUUUUCAGCACCACCUCUGGUGAGGCUGUAAAAAUAGUUCAGUCUUUCUAAUUAUGUGCAAUGAAAUUACAGCUUUCUUGUUUGACAGCAGAGGCACAAUAUUUUAUCGGCAGCUCAGAAUAGAAUGAUGUCAAGACACAGUUAACAAAACAAAAAGAUGGAGCCGAUCAAAAUGAUGAAUCUGUGUAAAGUUUGCAUGUUUUGGCCGUGCUUGCUUGGAUUUAAUCAGGCGGUUGCGGGUUAGGUUAACUUGCAUCUCUAAAUUGCUUGUAGUUAUGAGUGCGAUGGUUUAUCUACUUUUUUGGGCUUUGCCCAGACUCUAGAUGCUCGCUGGCGAGCUCUGCUCCCAGGUCUGGCUCCAGGAGAGCUUCUUUCCUUAUUGUAAUGCAUUUCCCUUGAAACAGCUAACAGUCAAGUAAUUCACUAUAAACCAAUACAUAAUUGACUUACCCAGCAAGUACCAUCUUUGAGGGUAUGGCACCACUGAACACAAGUCGGGUUUGAAAAAGUUAAUUUUGAUCCCUUAACAUAAGAGUGAAUUCACCUUGAAAUAUCUGAAAAUGCAGUGUUGACUAGUCUGUCAAAGUAGAACAAGGAAAGGAGGCUAAACUUCCAUCCAAACUUUGGAAUUAUACAAUAUAAAGGAAAUGUUGCUGUUUCAUAUAAAAAGCAUAUUCAGUUUUUUCCUAAUAUUUUUUUUUUUUUUACUAUCUAAUGCAUUUCUUUUUUUACUUUGCUUGAAAUGUGUGAGUAAAUGGGGGUCAAGAUAAGAUUAGCAUAUAUGGAUCACAGACUGGGCCCAAGGCCCUGAAAGGUCUGAUUGUCCCUGGGCAAGAGCCUCUGUAUUAACUGACUUGUUGUUAUUUGUAGCUUAAAAGUCAUAGUGGUCAGUUAAAUGAUAUAAAAUGAUGAUGCAAAACGGCUUUCGGACGAUUGAAGGCCUGUUAACCUGUCUGCGCCCACACACCCAUGUUCCCUGUUCAUGUCCUGAAUGACUUAUUGGAUGGUGCUGGAUUGGAUGGACACACUUAGCUUCUUUGAGACCAGUUCUUUGGUGAAGUUGAGUACAAACAGCAGAUUGUUUCGCCUAGUAACUCUUGGACUUGCAGAAUUCACUGCACCAAGCUUAACUUUUAGUUCAGCAGGAUGAAUCAGAAUGAAGGUAUGCUUCCAUUCUUAUGUAUUGAUAAGUUAACGGUGUGAAAACUUUAGACCUGAAUGAUGAUUCCCACAAAUUCUGCUCUUAAAUAAAAGCCCCCUUAGAUGUUGUGCAACAGUUUCAUUUAAUGGACAAAAACGUUUAUAUAUCUUAUAUUUGAUUGUCUUAAAUCACUUGAUCCUAAGUGUAUUUCUGAUGAGGUUUUAUUUAUUUAUUUAUUCAUUUUUUAAGCCUUUAAGGGAGUUAGAUGAAUGGGCACUAUCUCGUUAUUUUAGGCUAUAAAGGUUUAAUGUUGUCCAUUGUGUGUAAUCACAGACAAGACAUGUAGAAAAAUAGAAGUAUAUUGUGCCAUUCAUUUAAGAAUGUGGUGUAAAUGUAUAAAGUGAAUAAAUCCAAGUCUUUGGCUGCAAGGUCACAACUCAGAUCUGCUUUUUUCCAUGUGACUUCAAUUCAUGUUGUAUAAGAUAUUGUUCAA